AUGGACACACACAAUCUAACGAUGCUGAGUGAAUUUAUUCUGAUGGGAAUAACAGACCUUCCUGAGCUGCAGGCUCCAUUGUUUGGGCUGUUCCUCAUCAUCUACAUCAUCUCAGUGGUGGGCAACUUGGGCAUGAUUAUCCUCACCAAGAUGGACUCCAGGCUACAAACGCCCAUGUACUUUUUUCUCAGGCAUCUGGCUAUCACUGAUCUUGGUUACUCAACAACUGUGGGACCCAAAAUGUUGGUAAAUUUUGUUGUGGAUGAAAAUACAAUCUCCUAUUAUUUUUGUGCUAUACAGCUAGCUUUCUUUCUUUGGUUCAUUGUUAGUGAAAUUUUCAUACUGUCAGCAAUGUCCUAUGACCGCUAUGUGGCCAUCUGUAACCCCCUACUCUACACGGUCAUCAUGUCACAAAGGGUGUGCCAGGCAUUGGUGGCAAUCCCAUAUCUCUAUAGCACAUUUGUUUCUCUUCUUGUUACCACAAAAAUUUUCAACUUAUCUUUCUGUGGCUAUAACGUCAUGAGUCACUUCUACUGUGACAGUCUUCCCUUGUUAUCUUUGCUCUGCUCGAACACACAUGAAAUUGAAUUAAUCAUUCUUAUCUUAGCAGCUUUUGAUUUAAUUUCAUCCCUUCUAAUAGUUCUUGUUUCUUACCUGCUCAUUCUUAUAACCAUUCUCAGGAUGAACUCUGCAGAAGGCAGGCGUAAGGCUUUCUCCACCUGUGGAUCCCACCUGACAGUGGUGGUAGUGUUUUAUGGGACUCUAAUCUUUAUGUAUGUGCAGCCAAAGUCCAGUCAUUCUUUUAACACUGAUAAAGUGGCUUCCAUAUUUUACACACUGGUUAUCCCCAUGUUGAAUCCCUUGAUCUACAGCUUGAGGAACCAAAAUGUAAAAUAUGCCCUAAAUAGGACAUGGAAAAAAAUAUGUAAUAUAUUUUUUUUAAUUUGA